AUGGUGGACGUGGGUGUUGCAGAGAGGAGGAGGGAGGCAUUGGUGGUGUGCGGUGAGAAGAUGAGUGCCGGAAUAACCAUGUCUGACUUGGAGACAGGGGAGGAACUCAUGAGACUACCCACCUGCGCUUCGCCUCCCCAUGGCCUCCUCUGCCUCGCCGACCACCACCUCGUCGCGUCCCAGCUGCAGAGACAUCGAUCCUACCGCGGCGGUGCCAUCUUCUUCUGGGCUUUGAACAAGCCCCAGUCACCACAUAGAAGCUAUCCACUUGAGAAUAUUGGGCCAAUUUCCAGCUCCAAGGAUGGCAUUUAUCUUGCUGGUGGAGCUCCUGCUGGGAAUGUAUAUAUAUGGGAGGUAAGUAACUGACCCAAACUGUUUAUUUUGUGUCUAAUAAAUACCAUCAAACCAGAUGAGAAAAAUGUCACAAUGCUCAAUUAAAUCCAUGAGUGCCUUCGAACUUCAAAAAAAACCUGAAUUCUUUCGUUAGUAGUUCCGGGCUUCAUUGGCUCAGUAUUGUUCAUUCCAUGAGUGAAGGUUACAAGUGGAAAACUGCUUAAGAUAUGGCCUGCUCAUCAGAAUCCUCUGAGCUGUUUAGCCUUUUCUCACGACGGCACUCUGCUUAUUUCUGCUUCUGAGGAUGGUGUCAUCCAUGUAUGGUCCAUGAUCAGGUACCAAUCAUCUGAAACCUCAGCUACCGUGAGUGAUAAACUCUUGGGAAAAAGAAGUGAUUGCUUUUGCUUACUUACCAUGCAAGCUUACUGGAUGUUGAAGAUCCUCAAAUUUGUGGAACUUUAUCUUCUCUACACACAUGGUGUGAGCAUCAAUCCUCUGUAACUGGUCUGCUACUAAUGUCUGGAGGCUGUAGCUUAUCAUUGAUAUCAAGCUCCCUUGAUGGGACUUGCAAGGUUGAGACAUGACAAGCUUUGACAAUUUUGUUGCCAAAUAUAAAAGUUUAAUGUUCUGAUGAUGCAUGCUUGUUAACAACACGAGGUAAUUUUUAGGUAUGGGACGUCAUUUCGGGCAGGCUGGUGCAAACUCAUGUGUUCUCUGCUCCUGUUACUGCAAUUGCUUCUGACCCUCAAGAGCAACUUCUGUUUGCCGGAUGUAUGGAUGGCCGAAUUCUUGUUAGUGAACUUAAUCUUGGACUGGAAGAAACGCCCUCAACAAUUUCAGAGGACAGUUCUGGCUUUCUUGGAGGGCAUAAGUAAUGUGUCACCUGCAACAAUUUACUGGUUACAUUCCAUAACUUCUAUAAGAAAGUAAAUGAUGAAUUAGAAAGCGAUUAAGUCACUAGAGCAGUAAAAUUCCUAGUUGCUAUGCAGAUAAUAGAAGCUAAGACAGUUCCGGAUUACAUAUCAUGAGACAUACUAUUAAUCUGAUUGCUAAUAUUUGACUGCAUAGGGA